UUACGACAUAGUGCAAUUUAUUUUUUAAGAUAUUCACACGCGCGAUGAUAUAGUACAAAGUGCGCUGUAAUUUCCAGCUCCACGUGUAAAUCCAGCAUGAGGUGAUGGCAGCUCCAGAUGUUUUCGACGCGCCUGUAAUCGAGAGACGCGCAAAUUGUCCCCCUAAUGAAACCAAGUAGCGUGCGAGAGUAGAGUAAAGUGGCGGGAGAGAAAAGAAGAGGUUGAAACGAGAGAGGCACUCGUGGAAUAAGCGCAGAAACGCGGAAGAGUGACUCCGUUGAUGACACUCGACUCGUAAGAAAACUACGAGGGAAGAGGACAAUGGGUCGGAAUUCCUUUCGCCGGAGACAAUUGAGGUAAAGGGAGGGAACGAACCCUCUUCUUCGUGUCAUGAAUGGACAAUCGUGAUGAAACGGAACGCGGUUAAACUGGGAGAGCCAGAGGUCAAAACGUGAAGGCGCGAAACUUGACAAGAGAGUCUUCGAGCGGCGGAGAAGGUUAACCCGGUAAGGAAGAAAGAGGAGAAAGGGCGAAGUGAACCGUAUCCACACACGAGAGAGGAGAUCUGGAACGUGUGUGUGGUAGUGGAUAUAUCGAGUGUCGAUCGCGUAGAACUGGGAAUGCACGGCCAUAGGAGUAUCAAAUUGUUAUAUCGGUGCCGAGAUGAGAGAGAAGCCACUUCGUGGGAGAGCGUUAUUGGGUCGACGUCGUACCAAUAAAAUUCGAAGAUGCGUUGAAAGGAAAACAGAGAGACGAUGUCAGACGAGUCUGAAGGGAGGUCUCUCGUGUCUUUGACAGGAAGAAGGUAAAACUCGGUUCGAUUAGAAUGAUUAGAAGAAUGAGUAGUUUGGAUGGAAGAUUUCAGCCGGAGGAGGAGCUUGAAAUGCAUAUUAUUACGUGCUGUUUUCACAGUUAUUAUAUAAAAUAUAACGAGACUCUCAUCAUAAGAGGCAGAGUAUUGUAGAAACAAGGAGCAAGAUUUCUUAUCCCUGUGAAAUUUUCUCAUAUAUAAAUAUAUAUAUAUAAAUGCACUCAAGACACUUUAUGAGAAAUCGCAGAAGAAGAAAUAAAUAAAUAUAUAUAUAUAUAUGUUUACUAUUUGCGGUAAAACGUCGUCGCGCUCUUAAAAUAAGAGGCAAAAAGACUACAAUGAGAGAUGUUAAACGGCGCGUGCCAUAACAGAGGUCGAGGAAGAGAGGGAACAAUAAAAUGUAAAUCGCCCAGGGAUAUUCCCGUUAUUCUAACAAAGCGUGUUAAGUCGCGUUAAACUGCGAAGGUAAAUUGCGGUUUAAAGCGGAGAUGGUCUCUCUCUCUCGACAAACCGCAUUAUAAAUUAUAUUACGAGAGAGGCAAGAGAAAGUCGCGGGAGAGAGAGAAAUAUCGAGGAUAUCGCAGACUGAUAAGAUACAUCCUGCAUAUCGGGGUGGUGAGAGGCCCCGCUCGAGCGGAAAUUCGCUUUAUUAAUCUAUAUGAAAAGGAGACGGGAUCUCGUCAGAGAGUCCGAGCAUAUAAAUCUGCGACUUGAAAUUCCGACCCCGGUCGUUCGAAUCCGCAUUACACGGUUGAUUUACAUAGACAGUUCUCGGCGAGAGACCAGACUAGCCCGUUCAGCUCUGGAAAAUUGGAGCGACCGGCCGGAAGUCGUGAAUACUUACUCCAAGAACCGAGGCGGAAUAAGAAACGCGAGAGCGGCGAUCGCAAUGAAGCGAGGAAAGGCAGGACUGGAUUCGUUAACUUUUUUCGUCAGCCGGAAAAUAACGAGAAUAUACUUAUUAUCAUUUACAUCGAUAUUAUUCCCUUUGACGGGAACGGAAUUUUGGAGCAAGAACUGACGCUCGAUAAAAACGGAGGAAGCGUAUAUUAAUAAAAAAAUCGCCAUCGGGUCUCUUCUUAAUAGAGCGAUUAUCCUGCGGUAAAGCGGCACAUUGGAGCAUUAAGAUCUUAAACGCCGCGAUUAACCGGCAGCGACACUCGUUAUUAACCCGCAGUUGGAGAAAAUCGUGCCGUGGAAUCGAGAAAUUUUCACUUAACCCAGUGCGCGUUUAUAUAUCCGCGCGUGUAUGGGUCAAACAUUAUGUGAACGGAGAAAAACUUUAACGACCCACAAUCCGUGGAAUGAUCCUGAUUUUUUUCCCCCGGUUAAAUUUCCUUGGUCGGGACACCUGUAGACGCAGAUGUCUAGACUAGUGGAUGAGUAGUCCGUCGAGGGUAUUACGUAUUUUUCCUUGUACGCGCACAUGCACCAGUCAUUCGGAGGAACGUCUAUUAUAGACGAGGUGUUGAUGGUUUUGCGCUGAUGCGGCGAUAAAUCAGCCUGACGUUAAUCGCGAUAUACGUCGCUCCUCGCAUCUGAAUAAUCGCGCUCACCCUGAGCGAAGGAGAUUGCGACCUACCGAGAGGAACUGGAUCCUGUUACAAGACUCCAAUAAGGAAUAAGGAGCGGGCUGGGCAAAUUCGAGAUUUCAAGAUUGGAUGUCUUGCCUCACAAAUCUCCCCAGCCGUGUAAACGACUCAUUGAGAUGCGAGAAACUGCUGUAUCAUCGCGUUGAUGAUCGCCUUCCCGCCUACGAAAUCAGCCUCGCUCGUUGCAGAUCGAUGCUGAAAAAAAGACACUGGAUAUGAAAUUGCGGGAUUCUCACGCAUUUCCCGGAUUCCGCGUUCGCGGAAGAUAAACAACUCGAUAGCAAACUCGAUUCGUGAAAAAAGGGUGCGAAGAUGCGGAUGCAGAUACUGAAGGUUGUGGUGGUCCUGCUUGUCGCAGGAUCAGGCGAUGCCAGACCUCAAAAAAGUGGCGACGCGAAUUCGGCGCCGCAGGCGGAAACGAGCGACGUGGGAUGGAGAGACGUUCAAGCCCGGAACAACGCGACGCACGAUACAAUUCGGGACGAUAGCAGGUAUACGGGGACUUCCGGACGUAAUAGAAAGUCGUAUAUCAGAGGUUUCCGCGAUAGUGUCGAUUUGUCACGCGGUCUCGCUCCGACAACGCGAUCGUCGUCGUACGACGUUGCUCGGCGUCGUUCUAAGAUCGAUGACAUCUGGACGACGUCCGAAUUUAAAGCACCCACGAGUCUUUCGAGGACGAACGUAUUGGGCGAGAUCGGCGUUCCAAGUUCGAACAAGGCGAACGGAUCAUCUUCUCUUCGUGGUCCUUCUGGCUCCGGUUCAGGAGCCGAUCGAACGAUCGAUUAUUCUAAAAUAUUAGGUGGUGGGAAUUACUAUAAUUUAGGAAGGCCGAAUCGAGACUUCAAGUCGACAGUCGCUCGGACGAGGUACUCUUCAGGAAAUCAUUUCUUGGCGAAUCAUCAUCACGCGUCUGGUUUGACGAGCGGCGAUAUUUCUAUCGCGAAAAAUCGGCAGGGAUCAGGUUCCAUCAAGUCCGACUCGUUCUCGAAUAAACGUGUUCUCGGAAAUGACAGGUCGCGUUGGAGAAUAAAACAGGUUUCGAGCAUAGCUAGAACUAAGGUCUCGAUCGAUCCUCGGGAAAGCGCUAUUUCAUCGACUCGCUCCGUUCAUAAAGAAAUCGGCAAAAAUACCGAUUCGAUCGUGACUUCGAAGGAAAAUCCGAAACUCGCUUUCGCAACCGAUUCUCUUCGCCUUGUUGUCGAUGCCGAGCACGCGGAUCUGAAUAAUUCAACAGCGCCCACCCAUCCGAUUUUCAUCUCGGAUCCGAAAUCGAGAAUCCCUUAUGACGCGACUCGCAGACCCGGGAUAACUUCGAAUAGAAACUUCGUCAGACUCCGAUAUCCGUUCUCCACUUUGAAUCGAGGCUCCAGCAGCGUCGCCCUGAAUUCGAAGCCCGGUGACGAUGUUCAGUCGAGAGAGCCGAUGAAGAACCACUUGACAGCCUCGUUUGAUCAUCAUUCGACGAAGAGCCAUCGUCAUCCUUCGCAGAAGUUGUCGAGUCCGGUCGAGAGAGUCGAGGGAACAUCGAACGCGUACUUGAAGAUCUGGCCGAACGAGACGUCCCAGAAUAUCGAGGAUCUGUACAAGGAUGAGAAGUACACUUUGUCCUUGAAGGAGAAUUUGAAUCGCGAGUCCGGCUUUCACGAUGCCGAUCAGACGCCGAUGAUUCUAUCGUCGGACGACGGCUACUAUAAUCACCCGGAUCCGAUUAUCGACGCCAGCGUGAAGAAGAUCAUCCACUGGUUGAAGGUGGACACGAUGCUGCCGAACGGCUCGCAACUGAUAAACGAGGAUGUUCAUAAACCAGUCGAAUCGGUGUUCGACUCGAUCUACGAAAACUUGGAACCCAAUCGGCCGCUAAGCGAUUAUAAUGACGAUCGUUAUGAGACCGUCGUUCUUCAGGAUCCGUCUCAGAAUCAAGAUCUCGAGGAAAUAAAUCAUGAAGAGUAUCCGGAUCCAGCCCUUCAACCACAGUAUUCGAUAGAUUCUACGAAUCUUUCUCCUCCUUUAACUUCCUGGCCCAACGCGGCGUUGCUGAAGAACAAGACUGUCCUGAAUCCCAUGACACUGGUGACGCAGAAUACAGUGGUCCAGAUUCUGAACGACGGUUCGAAGGAAGCGAAUGUAACGAAAGUGCCUCAGUUGAGCACGAUAUCCGGCGACGAAGCGACUUCUUCCGAGAAUAAAGAACCUUCCAAGCAGGAGACCAACACCUUUCCCUCGUCCUACAACUGCCCGACGAUCACCAUCAACACUUACACCCGCGUGAACAAUACGAUUCAAAGCAAGGAAGGCUGCACCGAUCUGAACAUAAUCGUCAACUCUCACGUCCUGAACACGAACGUGUUCAAACCCAGUAACAAACCCACCGAAUUGGCUCAGACUUCUCUGGCGACCGAAGGCUACGAUAACGAGAGCGACAAGUAUUCCGGGGAGCUCGACGAUCUCUCUCAUCAGGAUUCUUCAGACAGUUUCGUAACCGCGGCAAUCGGUUCCUAUAGCCCGGUUGAAGCGCCGCAACCUGACGAUUAUUACGAUUCCCAUAAGGAUCCCUUAAUUUUGGAUCCCGUCCCAGAAUUGUCGACCGUCGAAGUCUUUCAGAACACUCACAUCAGUCUGACCAACUCGGAUGUCCCUCUCCCGGAUCCUGCUGGAUCAUCCGUCGAUGGUAAUCCUGUAGGUGAGAUUGCUGAAGUAAGUGGUUCACCUGAUCCGGCUCCAGUCGUUCACGGAUUGGCUUCGUCCAAUGCCGCGACGGGUCAGGCCAUCAAUGGCCCAGGUACCUUGCAGCUUCCCGCGCUGCCAAAUAUUCCUGCUCGACCUUUAGCAAGUGCUGUUGGUGGUCUAGCUUCGUCGGUUUCCGCAGGAUCCUCCGGCAACAAAGAUGACGAAGACGACGAAUUUGACAUGUCGCCGAGCGGCGUUUUGCAGUCGGUGGCUUCGGUCUUUACGUACUUUUCUCUACUGAAUCCACUCGGGUACAGUUUCUUCAGCCUCGCUGCGGCGCCAUUCGCCGCGAUGGCGGCUGGAGUCCUCGGGGUCGCCGCGGUCAUCUUCCCCUGGGCGAUACCGAACGUCAUUGACUUCGGACGCGCCACGGACAAGGUGACGGUCAGAUUCAGGCCGAAUGUCGAGGAGUUUGUCAAGCAAGCCGUGCACAAGUACAAAGGUCUGAACGAGUGGAAGAGCAGGCGGAAGAAGCGCAGGAGAUGCGAGCAGAAAAAUAUCACCCACCGUGAGUUGAAGGAUCUCCAAUACAUGGAUCAGUCCUUGCGAACCGUCGCCACUCAACUCCUCAACGUCACAAAUCCGCAAGAGGUGAUAAAAACACACAACAAAGAGUUCACCAAGGUGGAGCAUGGCACGACGACGACGCUGAAGUCCCCCGAAGAAAGCGACACGUCUUCAUCCAUCAGAGACGUCAGUUCGGAAAUCGAGAACUCGGAGCCGGUUGGCUUAACUUUCGGCAGGCCGAUCAAUUCCAAGUUCAGUUACUUCGAGAGCAGCCAUCCUGGCCAGGCGAUGGCGAUAACGGAGGAAGAAUUGGAGCGGGAGAUGAGCUCCACGAGGUUGAUGAACGCCUACAAGCAUCACCCGACGACCACCGGCGGCAUUUCCACCUGGAUCCUCUUAAACCCACCGUCCACGACUGUGAAGAGCGCAGAGAGCGAGAAGACCAAGUUGCAGCAACCUUUUCAGACGGAAGUGCGACUGACAGUCAGACCGAGUUCGUCGAUCGACAAAGCGGAACCGAUCUCGCAGUCUGAGAAGACGGUGGAAAAGAGCACACCGCAGUUGAUCUCCUCCGUCAUAACCACGGAGAAGGUAAUCACGAAGAAGCAGACCACUGCGACAACCACGAAGAGGCUGACGACUACUCCGAGACCGGAGAGAGAGAGCACUCUGGAUGCGGAGACGUUGGAGUCCUCUUCGAGCACGUCCACUUUGAAGGUGGUUCGCACCACACCUGCCGGCACUUGGACGAGCGACGAGACCAUCCCCUCGAGCAGCGUUUCCACGACAAAGAAGAACCAGCGAACCACCGUUAGACCACCGAAGAGCACCACUCCGAGAACGACUAAACCGAUAACGCCGAAGCCGACGAGAUCGGGUCAGCAAGGUAGACCGAAGCCUACCACGACGAAGAGGACCACGAUCAAGCUCGAAACGACGACGAAGAACGAGACGACCGCGACGACCGGUAAGAUCGAGAAGGUGACCUUCAAACCGGUUCAGAUCAUCACGACUCCGCAGAACAAGCCGGAGAGUACGGAGAAACCGAUAUUCGUCACUAAAAUCAAAGCUUCGAUGCUGAUGGACAAUCAGAAAGCUCCGAGCACUUUAGCCCCGACCUCGGCAUCGACCUCAAUGACCUUGGAUCCCGAUUUCGCGUCCAAGACGGACCUGUCUGGCACAGAUCUCGUGGAAGUGCUAGUGAGAUCGAAGCCGAGCAUUAAGGGAAAUACGGCGCAGAAAGCACAGCUGAAGAAGCCUGCUGAAGAGGCUACGCAGAUCGAAAUCGAACCGAUCAAGGUGAACGCGCCGAUCCUGAAGAUCGAGAAGCUCGAUAAGAACAAGAUGGAGCAGAUCGUGGAGAAAAACGCGGAUAAUCUGAACAAUUCCAAGGUAGACUUGCAGUUCGAGUUCAACCACGAACUGACGAGGAUCAACGUGGAUACGCAGACAGAGGUGGCCGCGACCUCGACGACCUCAACGACCUUGACUACUACCCCGGCGACGUCGAGCACGACCAAGCGGCCGAGACACAACUCGAAGAGGAAGAAGAACAAGGGUCGCAGACGCAAACCAUCCACGACUUCGACGGUUCCAAGUUCGACGACCGUUGCAACCGUCAUCUCUACCUUGAUGGAGACCAGCGAGGGUGUCACCGACCCCACCAUCCUGGACAACGCGAUCCAGGAGUCCAAGAUCGCGCCUGACACAAAGAUCGCGAAGAACAAGAAGAAGCAACCGCAGAAAGCCAUCAGCACUCAAAUCUACAACUUCCUCAGUCGCGAGGUGAUGCCCAGCUUCGGAGUGAUGUCUCUGGUAGGUCUGGGUCUCGGUUUAGCCUCGUACUUCCUGUAUCCCUUCGGCGGGACCAUCGCGCGAAGGAACUACGAGGUGGAGCCGAAUUACAAGUACAAUCCGGAAGAAUACGGCGGUAAUUACGGACAAAGCGAGGAAGAGGUGUUGUCCAAGGUAUUUCAGGGUAUGACGAACCACGAGAACAAGUACCCAGGAGUCAACAGCAAUUAUUAUCAUUACCAGCACUACGACGGCGCUUACGACACCUCGCAGACGACGAAGAGGACCGACGCGAGAUACCCGUCCAUCGCCACGUCGCCGGUUCACAGAACGGUGGAGAACACCCAGGCGGGAGUCAAGUAUCGAAAUACGGACUUCAGGUACGCCGAGGCUCCAACCACCCCGGUUUACUACGAGCGCAAGCAGGACCUGGUCGCGGAAGCCUCCGGAUCGGCGGAUCGGCAGUUCGUGGUCGGCAACGUACCCAAGGAAUACCCCUUCGAGCCCGUGAAAGCGGCCGCGUUGCCGAUCGACAGCAAAAACGUCAAUUACGUAUCGACCGAGAUCGGACAGACGCAGUUCGAGAGGGACAUCGCGCAAGGUUUGAAUUUCCCGCCCAAUUCGGCGGACCUGCACAAUUACGGCGCUCACCUUACGGAGGUGUCGACCGUCCGAUCGGACGACGGAGGAUACGAGGAGAUUGAAAUCACGCCGACCGCGGUGGCGGUCGAGCACGGGCCGCGCUCCCUCAAGGUAAAACGCGCCGUUACCAGCGGAGAUCAACGUUCAAGGUCGAAGAGGGAGUCGGUAAUACAGGUUAUACCGUCGAAGCACGAGCUGGAGGAGGAGCGGGAGGAGGCAGAGAAGGAGGAGGACCUGAGCAACGAGAUUCUGGAUAUCAUCGACUCGGCUCUUCCUGGUGGGGAUCAACGAAAGACCACCAGUGAGGAGAACGAGGUGGAUUUCGAGGGGCAGAGGAAGAAGCAGAAGAAGGAAUCCGUCACGAAGACUCCUACCACCGUGAAAAGUGUGGAAGACACGACGAAAAUUCCGGAAACUUCCACUCCCAAAACAGUCGAGGGAACUAAGGAGGAUUUAACCACGGAGAAGAGCUCUUCUGAUGGAGAGACUCCUCCAGUGAGUACGACGUCGAAUCCCAAGGACACGAAAGCGACGACUGUCGAAUGGUUCGAUGACUCGACCACGAAGAAGCCCGCGGAAGGCUUCAGUCUCUUCGACUUCGUGAAGAAAGUGGCCGAGAUCAAGUUCAGGUUGGGCCUGACGAUCCUUAAACACGCCAGCGAAGGAUUCGCGCGAUAUCUGGGUCACGUGCAGAAGAGGAUCAACGGAGAGGAAUGAGGAUGAUGAGGACGAACCCGAAGAGCGGAGAUCAAUUCACUGGCGAUCAAAGUUUUGUCUCUUGCGCGAUAUCGUUUAUAUCUAACAUUGUUCAACGAAGAAAUUCACUGGAAUGAGAUUAGUCGUUCCUUAUAUUUUUUUGGAUGUUGAAUAUGAAUCUGAUUUCCAAAUUAUUGCAUCAUAAUUUUGAGAAAUUUUAAAUUAAAGUUGCAAAAAGAGGCUUCUUUCACGAACUUUGUUAUAUUAUAGCUAUAUAUGUGACGUGAUGCUAUGGAGAAGUUUUAUGGCAAUCAAAAUAAAGUAUAUUGUUAAGACUUUCAACCCUCGAAAGAAAUUUUUUAUGUCAAUAAGAUAUUCAUUGUUAAAUAGGAAGUUAGCUGUCAUUGACGAUUUAUCAAAUAAAUUUCAAUUAUGUUUAUUUAAUUUUAAAGAUUUUUUAGAUCACUGAAUACACAAAUGUCAAAAUUGUCAAAUUCAAAAUGAUGAA